CAGGCAUUUGAGGAUUUCCCUGAGCCCUCGUGGACCUGCAGCCAACGAUCCUCAAACUCUACGAUCGUCCGCCAUGUCCCACACUGUCCCUCCGGUUGUCUCCGUUGUCCCCUCUCGGGCUCUGGUGGAUGAGACGUUCAAGGUGGCGGUGCGGAAUCUGCCUCCGGGUUCUCCAGUAACACUUCACUCCCUCCACCUCUCCGAGGACGAGGACUUCUGGGAGGCCUUCGGACACUACAUCAGCGAUCACAGAGGAACCGUGUCUCUUGCAGAGGAUUUCAGUUUUGGGGGAACGUACACGGGAAAAGAAGCCAUGGGUUUGUUGUGGAGUAUGCGUCCUGUCCCAGGCAGCCGUGAGGGCCUCAGGUUGAGAAAGAUGAACGUCUGCAGCCCCCUGCUGGUCAACAUCUCGGUCUACAGUGGACAUGUAGAGGAGGGCUUCAGGGAGCAGGCUCCUCUGGCCUCGGCGCUCACAGAGAGAUGGUACAUGGGUCCAGGAGUCCGGAGGAUGGAAGUCAGAGAGAAAGGAGUGCGAGGGACGCUGUUUCUACCUCCAGGUCCAGGACCGUUCCCCGGCCUGCUGGACAUGUGGGGAGGAGGUGGAGGGCUGUUGGAGUAUCGCUCAGCUCUGCUGGCGUCUCACGGUUACGCUUCUUUGGCGCUGGAAUAUUUCUCCGCCGAUGAGCUUAAAUCAGCCGAAAUAGAGUUCAACUAUUUUGAGACGGCGUUUAAUAUCGUCAGUGACCAUCCUCAAGUGAUCCCAGACAGAGUCGGAAUUGUUGGUCUUUCCCUCGGCUCGGUUGUGACCAGUUAUUUGGCAGCCGAGAGCAGCGUUAUCAAGCCUCGUUGUUGUGUUUGUAUCAGCGGCAUCCACAUUUAUCCACGCGGGGCGACCCUCAAAGGAUUCUCUCGAUUGUUGUUCUCGAAUAAUCACAAGGUGCGUGUGGAUGAGAACAACCAUGAGAUAUGGCGAGAUAGGUUCCUACCGAUUCCCGAUGAUCUCUCGCAGAAAGUGGACGUGGGGAAAAUAAACUGUCCAAUGUUGUUGGUGAACGGCCGUGAUGAUCAGAACGUGCCCACAGUGGAGUGUGCUGAGGAUAUGGCCAAAAUGAUGCGAGCAGCAGGGAAGGAGCACCUGCUGACCAGAAUUGAAUACCUGGAUGCCGGACAUCUGAUCGAGCCGCCCUACUCGCCUCACUUCAGAGCCACUAAGUUCAUAAAGGAUGACACAAAAGAGAAAGUGAUAUUGCUUUGGGGAGGACAAACCAAACCCCAUUCAGACACUCAGGAGGACUCCUGGAAUAAGAUCUUGGCUUUUCUGCAGCAGCAUCUGUACUCGAGACAGACGCUUAAAGCCAAGAUGUGAACGCGUACGGCAGCACGCAUCGCCCACGAAUCAGUGCAGGAAAACAAGGCGUUGUGUGACGAGAUCAUGUUUUAUUAAAUUAACA